AUGUGCAAACAGCCAGCCCCUGAGCCAGGCCGAGCUGCCAGCAAAACUCGCCGCAUAAAGAAGGGGCUUUUAGAGACCAGGAGGCUGCCACUCAGCGCGGAGACCUUCACGGACAAGGUGAUACGGGCCCAGGCCCCCCAGGACACGGCGACGUGCUGGGAGGGGCCAGUGUCGGAGCUGCCUGGCUGUGGCACCGCUGCCCGGCAGGCUGGCGGCACGAAACCCGGGCCUCGGCUGAUUUACAAACCCGAGCCGAGCCAGCCCUCUGCCCGCAGGGGGUGCGGCUCCGGGGCCCCCCCGGUGUGGACCCCGGCAGGGGCCACAGGGCCCGGGUGGACAUCCCCGCGGCCACCCCAGAGGCCACCGCAGGCCCGGAACCUCCCGCCUGAGGACGUCCGUGGCCGGGAGUGGGACAUGGGGGACAGGCUGAGGGCGCUGGCAGACGGAGACACCCCGACCGAGGUGCCUGGAGGCCGGGCGGAGGACCUGCUGCCUCUGCAACCAGCGGGGGAGCCGCUGAACGUCUGCAGCGCCCUCCUGAAGCCCUCCCUGGGGGGGCGGGGGGGCCUGGCCAAGGAGGGUGACCCGGCCCGGGGCGGGCAAGUCCCCACCUGCUCGCGUCCCCACCUUCCCAGCAUGGUCAUUGAGACCCACGGGAAGUGCUGCCCGAGAGGGGCUGGGCCGCCCGUCCUGCGGUCCCCGAGGUGGCCCCUGGGGUCCCGGCCAGCGCUGCUGGGGCGACAACGCCCGGGGCCCUUCCUGGGGCGGCUGUGGGCAGAGGCCCGCCCUGUGGGCUCAGCAGCGCCUCUGCCCGCCUGGCUGAGAGGAGAGCCAGCCUGCAGGCCCGAGCCCGAGGCCACGUCCUCGCGCAGGGGGGCUGCUCCUUCCGAGGCAGGCGGGCGCUAUGUGUGGGCCGCACUCCCCAGAGGCCCUUCCUCGCGCUGCCGGCCCCUCGGGGGCACCGUGCUCAUCCCCGACGCAACUGAGGAGAGCCAGAGCGGUGCCAAACCCAGAGCUGCCACGACCCUCCCCGAGGCUGGCUGCAAGCUGCGCUGCUGCUGCCCUGGUGGGAGGCAUGAGCCCGCAGCUGCCACCUUAGCCCGACCUGGGGGGGGCCCAGCCCAGAUGGAGCCGCCCAGAGGAAAGGAGCCGCGAGGUGUGGGUUCAUACCCCCAGCGGACACAGCCUGGACGCAGGAGCUGCGGUGGACCCGUCCCUCCCCGGGUGGCCCUGCCGCGCAGCCUCUGCCCCUUGUCCCUGGGGUCCAGCCCCGGGCAGCGCAAUGUGUCUGGCGGUGAAGGGCAGCAGGCCGCAGGCACGCACCCGCGUGAGUGGGAGUCGCAAGGCAAGUCCAGGAAGGAAGACGCCCGGCAGGGCCGCCGCGUACCGAGCCGGUCACCGAAACUGCUGGAGGAGACUGAUCAGGUCUUAGGCAACAGAAGGUCGGCGUUGGCCGGGCGCACAAGAGCAGGCCGCUGGGACAACCCCGACAAGGGACCCCACGGCCAGGUGCCAGGGCUGAGGGGCACCAUGAGGAUGCACAGCGGGGUCCGGGUCAGUGAGUACGGAGGCCCGGGCCCACGGGCAAGGUGCGGGGCCUUGGCGGGCCGUGUGCUGGGCCUCCCCGCGCGGCCACCAGGGCCACGGACGCCUAGCUGGGAACGGCCUCCCGGGGCCAAGGUCACCUUCAAGGAGAAAGUGGAGCCAAGCAGCCGCGGGGGCAGGUGCUCGGUAUCAGGCCCACCCACGGUCCCUGCGGGCGCAGAGCCCAGAGCCCCCCGAGACCUCGGCCCCGCCGCACCUGCCGCCGUACCCCUCCUCAAAGAAGUGAACCGGGAGGAGGGCGCCCCGGCCCGGGCUGCGGGGCCUGGCGAGACGGGCCGCGCGUCCGGGGAACCCGGCAUCCGCGGGCCGUGGCUGGAGCGGGGCCGCGGCUUCCUCAGGACCCUCCCCGCGGCCCCCGCGCCUGUCUUUCCACGAGGGUGGGGCCGGGGUGAGAGCCGGUGUAACGGCAGGAAAGCGAGGCGCCCGGCCGAGACCGCCCCGGAGAGCCCUGAGAGCCGGCGGAAACUCCACUGUAAGAGAUUCGCUUCUUGGGUUAAAGGUGGAGGGAAAGCAAGGUCCCCCGGGAAGCCGCUGGCCUACAAGCCUCGGGGCGCGCUGCUGUGUGCAGCACAGGAGGCCAUGGCCAGCGAGACAAGGAGGGCUUGCCUGGACGUGGCUCUCCUGAACUUGGCUCCCGCAAAGGGGGCAGAUCCGAGGGUGUCCACUCCCCUGGAUGGGGGAAAGCCAGUGACCCUGUCGCCCGGCCCUGGGCUGCACACCAGCGGCCUGGAAGGCGCCUCUGUGCCUGGUGUCCCUGCCCUGCCACACACACCGGGCCGCACCCCCACCCCAGCACGGGAAGCGGACCUGGGCCUCAGCAAACGCAGGCGGAUGGUGCAGAUCUGCAGCGCCCCAGGGAGCAGGAGCAGCCGCCAGGCUGUCAGAAUGGCCUUCCCGUCCCUCCCGUCCCUGCCCUUGAGAUGCACACAGCCCCACAUGCCGCCUGCACGGCAGCGCCCCGGCAGCAGCUCUGCAGCAGCCCGCACUGCUCAGCCGCCACCCCUGCAGCUGCAGCCCCUCCCUGCUGGGCGGGCCGGGCCUUCCCAGGGCCAGAGCCAGCCUGGAACUCUGAGCCACGAAGGCAGCACCCACUGGGAACCCAGGGAUGCCGCCCAGGAGCGGCGCCCAGCUCUGGCCAGCCGGGUGCUCGGCCCCGCAGGGCCCGCGGAGAGAGUCCGGGGCAGGACGCAGGCGGAGCAGACUGCGGGAGCUCCUGGGGGCCCCUGGCGCGGUGCUGGGGACCCCUUCGCCUCCCCUUCUUGCGACCCGAGGCUGGCUGCUGGUGGGCCAAGGGCAGGGGUGAGGCCCGGGCCCCCAGGCGCUCCUGGCCGCCCCGGAGCAGCAGCGGGCGUCAAAGGCGGGGAGCGAGCAGUGGGGAGCGGAGGCCUCUGCAAUGGGACGUGCGGCCAGCGAGGCUGA